UUUAUUUAAGUGCUUUGCGAGGGUAUACGCGUCCACAGUCGUUUACGAGCCUUUAUUCGUAGCUGUGUACAGAAUGAAGCAUGAACAUUCUUCUGUGUUCUUUAUAAGUUGCAUGGCAGGAAUUUUUAGUUUUCCAGUAUUUCAACCAUCAGAUGUAUGUGCAACAGUUGGUGAUCUUUGGCCAAGCGAAUCAGAAAUGCAGAGAAUACCUGAGAAUGCCUACCUUGAACUUGUAUGUUCUCACAAUGAUUUAAAUGUGAGGAUAGCAUACGAGUAUCCAAUCCAUAGCACCGUAGCUCAGAAAUCCCGAAUACAAGAAAAAUCAUGCGACAGAAACUCCCGGUCGGCGGUUUUAAUUAUUCCGGAAACAAAAAUAAAGCACAGUGGUUCGUAUUCCUGUCAAAUUAACGAUGGGGGGAUCUGGGUAGAAAUACAAAAAACCAUUAUCAAUGUAGUAUCGGAGGGAAACUACUCGUACAAGCACGAUGUCAAGGGUCAACUUAAUAUAAAAUGUUUUAAUUCACAAUGUUAUUUCUCCAUCGGUGACCAGCGAAAUAUAACGGACCCGCAGAUUAAUAACAGCUGCGACUGGGCAUCUGAAUGGGUCCAUGGAGCAUUAACAUUAUUAGCACUUGUAUUAUUUACAACAAUAGGGAAUUUUACAAUGAUGCGAUUAGAUGCAAUGAUUAAAAAACGUAAAGAACUGAGGAAAAGAAAAGAAAUGCAAAAGCGAAAGGAAUACUUGAGGAGAAAUGCGGAAAUGCAAAAGCAAAAGGUGUGCUUUGAAGCAGAAGGAGAUGAUGAAACACCAACAACACUAGAGCAAAAAGAAACAGGAGACUUAGACACCAAAACUAUGAUGUUAACUGCUUCCAAACAGGGAAUUGAGAGCACCAUCAGGGCUAUCAUUCAUCAAUCGUGAGCGAGCGAGCGCGUGUGCGUGUGUCUCUUGAUAAUUUUUCAACAAACAAAGCUAAGCUUGCAAAAAUAUUUUUCAAUCAUUCACUAUCUGUACUUUAUUUCGCUACUGUACUGUUGGCCAAAAAUUCUUUCAUUUGUGCCAUUUUUGUUUUUAUUGUUUUCAAAUAAAAUUUUGUAUUGUAAUCAUAAGAAUUUCAUAAUUAAAUAUAUUUCGUAAAAAUGGUUACACAUGCGUUAUCAAUUCGAGGAGGGGGAUCAAAAAAAUAUAAUCACUGCAUAAUGCAGUUUGUUCAAGGUUCAUUGAACCAAAAAUCUCGAAAAAUGUCGCACAAUGAGGUGUAGGUAGUUGAUUAAAGAUCAUGUCUCCUCCUUUCGAGUUGGAAUGAAACUAUUAUAAAAUUAUUCAAAAACAUCCUUAUAACCUAUCAGAAGGGUUAAAAAUGUUUUUCGAGUAUUUUUGAAGGGUUUUGAUACCAAAACUAUAGGUCAUAAUUUUUGAAUUUUUUCAAGUGUCAUGAAACGUAUCAAAACAUGGCUUAAAAUUUAGCGAGAAUUCGAAUUUCGUAUAAAUGAUUUUAAAGAAUUAAUUUCCUCAUUCAAUUUCAACACACUUUUACAUGCUGCAUACCCCUUCCACAAUAGUUCCCAAAAAUCAGACAAACUUAACACUGCAAUUUCUCUAAAAAGCUCGAAAAAAGUUUGACAAAAGUAUUUGAUUUUCUACGUGAAAUGCUGAUACAUUUUUAAUCCAUUUUAAUCGGUCACAGUACGUAGGUACUUUUCAAAAAAAAAAUUUUAGGUUUAAAAUU